AUGUGGAAUCGUACACCAAUAGGAGCUAAGGUCCGAUCAUAUUCGAUUAAUCUCCUCAUUGCACGGCAAAAUCGACUCAAAAUGGUAAACAAGCGACGAACUUUAAAAGUCGGCUCUUCUAUUUCGAAGCCAGACGCACAGCCUGUUUCAUCUCAUUGUCAGCGUAACAUACUUCGACUUGUUCUUAGCAAUCCAAAUGCUACCCAGCGCGACAUUGAUCUCCUAGAUUUGGAGUCGUCGCUUAUUUCGACUCCUGAACUGCCUAUUCUGACUGUUGAUGCUUUUCAAAUAAAUCGCUGUCGACAAUCCGACUCACCGCUUCCCGCAGCCUCAAAGUCCUCUUCCAUUCACCUUCCUCGGUUCGGAACCCGAACGAGUGGUGACAAAGCCAUUCAGCACUACGUGUAUAUACCGCACAAGCACUCAUGCUCGUCGCGUCAUCCGACACCACACGAAGAAAGCACUAUCCCAGAACGGCCCGACACGAAAACGGAAAUUGCUCAGGAGGCGAAACGGGAAGCAUCGGUGCUGCAGCAAAUUAACAAACUUGCCAAACAGGGCCUCUGGUCUGCUAGUAGACUGCCGAAGGUUCUUGAGCCAGAACGAGGCGUAUCGCACUGGGAUUAUUUGUUGGACGAGGUGCGUUGGAUGGCGGUUGACUUUAGGGAGGAGCGAAAGUGGAAGCGUGAUGUAGCGCGGAAAUUGGCGUAUGCUGCUCGCAUGUACUGUCUCUUGAAGGCGGAGAUUUCACGCCAAGAGGCCGAGGCGCUGGAUGAAAUGCGUCGAAAAGGUGCCGCACUCAUUGCAGCCAUGGUGCGUGACUGGUGGUCAGGCAUUUCAGAUUCCCUGGACUCCAUGUCGCUGCUAGCUAAGCACCGCCAAUGGCACCUUACUCAGCACCAAAAUCGAACCAUUCUCGCUCACUUAACUGACACCUUCCCUAAUUGGGUCUCUGGCGCUAUUAGUCGAUCUCCACCCCGAAAAUCCUUGCCUCCGCCCGUCUGCAUAACCGAUGCUGCACUAGAGGAGCUAGACAAGGAUUGGCUCCCUCCAGUAGCCAAUCAGAGCAGUAGUAGUAGCACAAGCAGCAGCAGCUUUGACAGCCUGGUUGAUCUGGGGCACACCAACUCGAAGUCGCGACAUUACAGCUGGGACAACUUCGCCUGGGGCCUGCAGUCGCGGUCGGUGCCGGCUGUGCCACGGUCGCCACCGUCUCCGCAUGAUGGUCAAGCCUCAACCGACUCAUCUGUGUCCUCUUCAUUGGACACCGAUAAGGAGGACUUGGCGAUGCUAAUUGCUGAAAGCGAAUUACCUCUGGACGAGGUAUUGGAGCCCUACAUCUCCAAGGGCUGGAAACGUCAAAUGAAGGCCCAUGAAUUGCCUGAUUCCGACUGUAAUGAAGUGGAAAAGGAUAUGUGCUCAAGUGAUACGGAGUCAGCCUACCAGUCGACCGUAAACAGCCUGCGCCACGAUGCAACGCUUCCGCUGCGACAACUCCUUCCACCAGGCUACCAGCCAAUCAGCGCGUCGGCCGUGAACGGAGGCGAGCCGUCGUUGGCGCGCCGGCGUCAGUCCGUGCGUCGAGUAGGCCGACCGCCUCUUGUGAACGGCGGUUCGCCCGUUGCCAUGACAGACGAGGUCGCGGAGGACAGUGAGGAGCGCGAAGACGAGGACACGCCGGACACCGAUGCGGGCCUCGUCGAGUCCUCCGAAGACGCCGACGACGUCUCCGAGUCGGGCGUCUCCGAGGCAUCGUCUUUGCCGACACCUCUGCCAGAGGCGAUGUCGCCCGGUGAGCUGGCUCGGAGAGCCCGUGGCAUCGCUCAUUGGAAGACGAAUCCCCUUCAAGCGGCCACCAGCAAGCGGCUUGUUCAAACUCAUCUCCCCGCCUUCGGACCAACCUGUCGUGUUCCCUUUCUGCCCACUCAAACCUUGUGUGAGUACUGCCCGGGCCUUUUCUUGUUGCAAUCUGAUUCUGCGGUGUCGUGGUUGAGUGCUGCCUACGCCCAACGCAUUCCCUCCGGUCUGGUGUCGUUUUCGCCCGCCUCCGCAGACGCCGAGUUGGCUCUGGCCGUGCACCUGGGUCAACUCGCGGUCCAGACUGGUGGCGGCGGCGGCGACUGGGGGCCGCAUCUGGUCGUGUGUCCGCGCGUCCUCCUGUCCGCGUGGCGCGCGCGCCUCUCCGCCGUCUGUCCGGGUCUCCGCACGGUCUGCGUGGUGCGCGAGUCGCGCGGCGGCACCGGCCGGCGCCUCAAACGCGGCCUUGCCCGCGGCCGCGUCCACAUCUGCCUCACGACGUACGCCGCGCUGAAUUCGCGUCCCAGCCGCUUCUGUGGCGUGCCCUGGCACGUGGUUAUCCUCGAUCAGGUGCCCCAUUCACCUUUUGCAACACUUGUUCACCCUAAGGAGGACACGCGUUGGUGCAGAUUGGCUCCAUGGAUUAUCCUCUACUUUCGCUCUCAGUCACAGAAACACCCACACAUCCGUGAGGCGCAGCAUCUGGUCGCGACGCCCGGCGACCCCGCGCUCAUGACCCGACCACCGCGCGACGCAGGCAGCGCCAGCGAACAGAGCAGCGUUGUGGGCGGCGCCACCGCCGCCGACGACGGCGUCCAGGGAUCGGCGUCCGGCCUGUUCGACGGCGACUUCCACCCGCCCGAGAUGGUGGCCUUCCUCGUCCACCGCCUCCUCCAGCCGGUGCGCCAGCGCGUGUGCAUUUUCGCCGCCGACCUGUGCGCCGCUCGCACCCCCCACCUGAAGUCCCUCUUCGCUCUGCUCACGUGCUCUCUCGAAGUCGACGCGGCUGUUCGGGAGGCCAGUUUGAUCAAGUCAGAGCCCGGGUUGCCUUUCAUCCGAAAUGAGGUUGUUAGGGUCCUAGAGCCGUUCCUCUUUCGUUUCGAGGAAGACGACGACUUUGAAUGUUUUGUGAAGGAGCAGACCGUGUCCAACAGUCUGACCGAACAGCAGCGCGCCCUGCACGACCAAAUCCUGACCGACAAAACGUGUGAACGCGCAGUCAAGUCCGGCCACCUCACCGACCUCUUGACGUGCGUGUCCGCUGGCGCCAGCGUCUGCGUCCACCCGUGGCUGCUCUGCUCCCCGGACGAGGUUCAAUCGAUGGCGCUGUGGUUGGCGGAGGAUCACAAGCCCUCACCGGCACCACUGGUCACCAGCCUACUGCACUUCGACACGCCGUCCGCCGUCCUCUCCGCAGUUCGGGAACUCCGCUCCGACGAGACCUCACCCCUACCCCUGCUGCAGACCUCCCUCGGUGCCCCCGCGCACAUCCGACGUCGAUUGGUGGAGCUACUGCCGAGUAGCGAGCAGCUGAGGCGGGCGUUCACGCCGCACUCCCCUCCCAAGCGUCAGGCCGGCGUCGCGAUUGGCAGUUCGCCGUGCAGCGCCAAGAAACCGCGAAUCGAGACCGCAGUGCCCAUCACCAAAGUGGGUGCUCCAGAGCCUGUUUGCGGCCUUCCCUUCAUCACACGCGAACUGUUUGACGCCCUGCUUCUGGAGGAGUCGGCGAAAUUGGCAGCUCUUGGUGGUGUUCGUGAAGUCUCCGAAAAGCAGCAGACUAUCGCCCAAUCAAAGACAUUGCCCCCCAGCACCGGAGGUACAUCUACGUCGGCCAAGCCCUCUGCGGAAGCUUCCGUCGAGCCGAUUUCAGCGAUUCCCUCAAUCGACGUGAAAACUCGAAUUCACCAAUUGGAGCGACAAUCACAGCUCGCACGACUGAAUCUCGAGGGCUACGCUGAUUGGUGCAGUUCGGCGACCAUGAGUUUCAUUCAGUCCGCGUCACGCGUGCAAUCCCUCCUCCUCUCCGGUCACCCCUCCUCCUUCUCCCCUCUCCCCUUCUCCACUACCGCCUCCUCCCUUUGCAGUGUUGUCCAAAAUCAGUACAUCAAACUACCCCCAUCUAGCUCUCAUUUCGGCGUUCUCUGCACGCGUGAUGGAGCUAUUGGCUUUCCACCACAACUGGACGAUGAUGAUGAUGCUCUGCCUUCAAGCCUGGAUGACGUCAGCGACCGGCUGUACCCUCUCCUGCCUUCGUCACGAUGGCUUUCCCCCCACACCCUUCCCCGUCGUCUGCCACAGUUUCUGGCGUCUUCCAACAAAAUUCAGAAACUGCGUAGUCUCCUGUGCCGUUUCGUUCGAUCGAAGCCGGGGAAGAGCAAGACCCGCCCGCGCCUCAUUCUCCUCAUCACCCAUCGAUCCACCCUCCUGGACCUCCUCGAGUCCUGGCUCCCGGGUGACCCGUACCUCUCCUCUCUGGCCUGUCUCCGGUUUCCCAUCGAUUACCUGGAGCCCCAUGACAACGGCUUCUGGUUGGAUUGGGUGAACGCCUGGCCCGGGGGCUCAAGGGGGCCGCUUUUGGUGCUGAUGCACGCUCGCAGCCCGUCUCUCAGUCUGGCGGGGUUGAGGGCCGGUCCGGACACGCGAGUGAUUGUCUGCGACGCGGAUUGGCGAACUGAUGUCGUGGACAAUCUAAAGCUCAAAUUCCGAUGCUGGUCGAUCAACGGACUCGUGGAUUUCCCCCCCAAGACGCUGCCUCCACUGCCGCCACUUCGCGUCUACCGAUUGGUAACCGAAGCGGAGACCGGCGACAGCAUCGAAGCUCGUCUCGUCGACUCACCGGCCGUCCGACUGCUCCCCGACUCGGUCUUCACGACGUCGUCCCCCGCCUCGGCUGCCGCCAACUCGGCCACCUCAAGGCGACGUCCGCAGCCCCACUCCCGUGUCCAGCCGAACAUCGUGCAAGAACUCGUCUCCUGCCUUCGGAGACGAGCACUCUGGCGCAAACAGGGUGUGACGACCCGAGGUCCGCCUCUGGCUCCGUCCGAGUCGGAUUUGGACGAGAUGACGGCUGAUGACGAGUCGGACACUGCUUCGCUGUUCCACAACCGCGAACCAUUGGAUGAGGCCCUGCUCAAUCAAGUACUGGAAAUGUAUGAAUCGCCGCGCGAUACCCAGGCGUGGUGUUCCGGUCUGGCUGAGUCCGUGUCAAUCUCCACGGAAAUACACGCCUGUCAGUUGACGCACUUGGAAGCACCGUCGGCGACCUCCAACUAUCAGGACCCCCUUCAACACACCCUGGAUGGUUGCGACCUCUUGACCGGCGGAAUCCAGCAGCCUACAGCGUCGCUGGAGGCCUGGGAGCUGAACCAGGCCGGCUGGAUGGAGGCGUUCGAGGCCUUCGAGUCGUUGACGUCGGACACCGAUGGCCUCUUCUUUCUGCCCUCUGAAGGCGCUCCAGUUAGUGAAGACAACGAACCGUCGCCUCUACCGCUGUUCGACGUUGCGGACCUCGCCGUGAGUCACUUUUCACCAUCCACUUGCUGUAGAAAUCGAUUUUUUUCAGUGUGGUCGCCCUUGGGUUUGGAAGAGGUUCUGCGUUCGGUGGAGCCAACUUAUCCCUCCACGAUGCCCACAUUGAACGCUAAUCGAGUGCCGAUUGCCGCGUCGUGCACUUGGGGUUACGAGUCCGAGCCCAUACCAGAGUCCGACCUCCCACCGCUGGCCCUCACUGGUCCCCACUUUGACCCUUCCAACGCGGCAGCUGCUGCUUCUGCUGGUGCCGCUGCUGCUGCCUCCUCCUCGACAACCAGCCAGUCUGGCUCGUCUGCGGUGAGCACGAAGACGUCGACGAUGAGUUACAUGUUGAAGCGGUCGGCGGCCGCGGCGUUGUCAGCGCGCAACAGCCUCGACAGCGCGUCAGUUGGUGCAGUCGGUGGCGGUCCGAUGAAGAAACGCAAGUUGACCGGAGCCGCAGCGAUGGCUGCCAGACGAGCGGCCAACGCGAAGGCGGCAGCAGCAGCAGCGGCGGCGGCGAGAGCAGCCCACCUCGAGGGUGUCGACGCUGCAGGUGGUGGCUCAGGUACCCUCGAUCAGUUCGACCACCUGUCCACAGCCUCCACGGUGGCCGGCGCUACCACCACCGCCGCCGCCGCCGCCGCCUCCGCCAUUGUCGCUGCGCCCACCAACACCGUCGUCGUCGCCAUCUCGCCAACCCACAAGGUGUCCGUUCCGCGACCCUUCUGCGCCCGCGACUUCCGCCUGGUCGCUGGUGUCGUCGGCAUGGCAACCCACAGCGGUGGCUUCAACCCCGCCGCGAGGAUUCGACGCGUGGCCUCCUCCGCACGAGGUGGCGGUGUCAUGGCGGCCCUCAACAACCCCCUCGUCCUCUCCAAAUAUGCCUUGCCCUCCGCAAAGCAGCCAUCCCUCGCGUCCCACCGCCAUAACCUACACGCCGCCGUGUCCGGUCUGGUAUCCUUCAAGUUCGGUGGCGCCUCGACCUUGGGCCACCACCAAUCGGCUUCGUCGGCUGGUUGUUUUAACGAAGGCAAGCCACCUGAUUGGUCGCCAUACGAGGAGGCUGGUCUGCUUCAGUGUACCACGAAGCUCCAGAAUAUAACCAUCUCGGCCUUUCCACACCACCAAUCCUCCUCCGCGGACAACCUGGCGUCGGCAGGGUCGCCGCCGCCACAGCACGCAGCUCCAAAUUUCCGUUUGGCUGAGUUCUUCGUGAACAACUUCUUCCCAAUCCGUUCCUACCGCAGCAGUCGUCAGUGUCUCCUAACCUACUACCGAAUUCUGUCCGCUCUCAACGCCUCCGCUGCCGCCGCUGCCUCCGCCUCCUCAUCGUCUUCCACCUCCGCCCUCCUCGACUCCGCGUCUCCCGCCGCCAGCAACGUUGACCUCCUUAGCAGUGACGAUGACAAGACGGACAGCACACACCCGACUUACCAUCACCAGCACCAGGCAGCAUCGUCAAUAGUCGGUCGGAAGGUUAAGAACAAGCUGAAGAGCAGCCUGUCCGCCUCCCUGCUUCCCACUGCCUCGUCCAACCUCCUUGGUCUCAACUCGACCCCCACCAACAAGGACGACUCGGGCAGUCUGCUUGGCUCCCCCACCAAUCGACUCAAAGGCUACCACUUCUACCUUUACCUUCAGUCGCUUCUUUGCGCCACUGACACGGCCCCCAUCAAGCUGCCGAGCACUCCCGUGACCGCCGGUGCUGCCCCUGACAACCAGGUGGUCGGUUUGCUUCGCAAGUGCAUUCGAGAGGCCAUCGCGGCCCCCCCUCCCCACAGCCUCCACCACGCGCACCACCGCGGCACCUUCGGCGGCGCGUCGACGGGUGGCGGCGGCGGCGUCGGGUCCGCCUCCGCCACCACCACCGCCGCCAUGCUGAUGCGUGCUGCCGCCGCUGCCGCGGCCGCCUCCACCGCACCCAACUCCGCCGCAAGAAUCCAUCCCACAUCGCCGCUCUGCAGGCAAGGCACUUGUCUUCUUAUUCAACACGGGGAUGAGCACAAUAUCAUUCCCGACACCCUCAUCACUCCGGCCAUGGUGAUCAAGAACAAGGAGGAACGCGAGGCACGUCAACGCGCUGAGGCAGCAGCCGCCGCGGCCUCUGCCGCAGCCUCGUCUUCCAACGCGCCGAGCGCCGCCUCUAUUGCUGUGGCGUCGGCUUCAGCCACGGCCACCUCCGCUGCCUCCUCCAGCGUCGUGCCAACUGCCCGAGUGCACACAUCGACAUCCGCUGGACACCAUCAUCCGACCAUCGUUGCAAUCUCAGGCACCGGUGGUGGAUCACUCCAGCGGUCUACCAACCUCCUCCCCUUCUCCACCGCCACCUCGGCAUUCGGAGGCGUGUCUGGGGGUCCCGGCGCGACCGGCGCGCCGACUGUCUUCCGCUACACGACGCCUUCGCGUCAAGUCGCCGGCGGCGGCGGCGGUGGCAGUCCCUCAACAGGCAUCCUGCGUCGUGUUGGCAGCGUCACGAGCCAGCUGCAGACCGCCGGAAGCGUCGGUGGCGGUGGUGGUGGUGGUCAGCAAAUCUUUGCAGUCACCGCGACGUCGUGCACCGGCGACACUACCAGCACCGCGCAGCGUCUCGUAGCCGCUGGACCCGGCGUCACUGUUGUCUGCUCCGGCAGUCACGCUCUCUCGAGCAACCCCACACUGGUGCGCAGAGGCGUGACCCUCACUGCCACCGGUGGAGGCGCAGGUGGCGUCUCCUUCACGGGCUCUGCGUCUCAACAGUCCACCGGCGGAGGCGUGACCGUGUUGGCUGCCGCGACCGGCGCACGACCCGGCUCGGUGCUCUACCAGACCCCCAGCGGCUCCCCCGGAACGUCCACGGGCACCGCCACGGGCAUCACCCUCCUCGCCACUGGCUCCCAGGGUCUGCAGCAGAUUAUCCGUCCUCGGCAGACGGUAAAGCCUUUUUUCCCUAACAGACUGGCUUAA